AUGGUCGCUACACGAGUGCAAGCUGCGCCUGCGUCUUCCAAGGGCAAAACGCACUCGCCGCAACCAGUCCGUCCAUCGCAGGGCCCACUCAAGUCCACAUGGCACCGUCAAGACGAUAAGCACGGCUGGGGCUUCUUCCAUUGGCUCAUCCACUUGAUCGACAUCGACCCGCUCCCGCCCGCAUCGACGACGAUUGUGCACGACAAGGACGACCCCAUCCCCGUUUGGAGCAACCUUAGCGCGCACAUUUUCAUUUGGCCGCGCUUCGGUGCUGCUUUCGCGCUUCAGUAUGCCUAUGCCCACUUCACGGGCCACAACUUUGGCUUGCUAACCAACAUGCUCUUCUGGGGCACGUACGUCGCGCUGUACGGUAUCAAUGUCAUCCACAGCACUCGAACCGUUGCACAGCGCAUCGGAUUCCUUCAGCCGCACAAGUCGCGCGACGGCAUCCCGGACCAUCGCGUUCGUGAGGUGUUGCAGUCCCUCGCCAUGACUGGCUUCCUGCGUCCCGUUGCGGCGACAUUGCUGUGUUACGACCCCAGCCAAGACAUGACGCUGUCCCCUUGGCUUCCGGUGCUCAUUCCCGCCUUUGCCAUCGCCGUCGACUUCUGGUUCUACUGGUACCACCGCGCCAUGCACGAAUCCGAGACGCUCUGGAGGCUGCACCGCACUCACCACACGGCGAAGUUGCCGACAACGGUGUUGGCGCUUUACGCCGACUCGGUCCAGGAGUGGGGCGAUGUGCUGGUGAUCCCGCUGCUGGCGCAUCUGACGGUGCGGCUCGUGCUACCCAUGGGCUUCUACGACUGGAUGCUGUGCUGGUCGUACGUCGAGAUGCUCGAGCUCAUGGGUCACUCGGGCAUCCGCUGUGCCGGCACCUCGCCCGCAUUCGACUGCCUGCCUCUUGCCAAGCUCGAUAUGGACAUUGUGAUUGAGGAUCACGACCUCCAUCACUCGAACGGAUGGAAGAAGUCCGGAAACUACGGCAAGCAAACUAGAAUCUUUGACAAGCUCUUCGGAACAGUCAUGCCGCGCGUCGAGAUGCUCGACCAUCUCAUCGACACUUCGGACAAGGUUUGGUUCCCUCAGUGGUAG